UAUAGGUUAUGUGCUAAAAACGAAAAUUCUUUCACUUAUGGCUCGGGUUUGAAGUAGAUUUUGAGUUUUGGUUGGCGUUUCUUGUUUCUUUUUGUGCGAAGUUGAUUCGGCAAGAUGCAAAUUUUUGUUAAAACCCUUACGGGUAAAACAAUAACUCUUGAGGUUGAGUCAUCAGAUUCAAUUGAAAAUGUAAAAUCGAAAAUUCAAGAUAAAGAAGGCAUUCCCCCGGAUCAACAACGUCUUAUUUUUGCUGGCAAGCAAUUGGAAGAUGGUCGCACACUCUCUGACUACAAUAUACAAAAAGAGUCUACACUUCACUUAGUACUUCGUUUAAGAGGUGGUGCUAAAAAACGUAAGAAGAAAAAUUAUUCCACACCAAAAAAGAUUAAACACAAAAAGAAGAAAGUCAAGUUAGGAAUUCUUAAGUUCUAUAAGGUUGAUGAAAAUGGAAAGGUUCAUAGAUUAAGGAAAGAAUGUGCUGCUGAAAACUGUGGGCCUGGAGUAUUCAUGGCUGAGAUGCCCAACAGAUUUUACUGUGGAAAGUGUAGCUCUACCAUAACUAAAUGAAUUGUAUUUUAAUUUUAUGUACAAUACAGUUUAUUUUCAAAA